GUCAUCACUUGGAUGAAUCAAAGAUGAUGAAGGGUACCGAUCGAACCGAUGCAGUUUUGGUUCAGAUUCAGGUCACGACGAUGACCAUGUGACAGGGUUAGAUGACGUUCUCAUGACAUCACAUAUGGCGGAGUAUGGAUGGGGACUCUCCGAGGAGCUCGUGAGAAAGGCCCGCACUGAACUCAACGAGGACCCGGAGAAAUUUGCCGAGUUCAUCACAGCAGUCACUGACCAAAUGGUCACCAGACCAGACAUCACUUUUCUGAGAACAGAUGAAGCAUUUGUCACUAGAUUCCUUCGAGCUCGGAAAUAUGACACAUUUGAGGCAUUCAAGCUAUUUGCGCGUUAUUUUGAAUUUCGACAAGACAACACAAACCUUUUCAAGAAGUUUCAAGCAUCAGAGCCUGGAAUUAAGGAUGCCUUGUAUGAUGGUCUGCCCGGAGUCUUGCCAAAUCUUGACCACUUUGGACGCAAAAUUAUCGUUUUGUACUCUGCUAACUGGGACAAUAAUCGGUAUGGUUUAGCAUCUAUAUAUCGCGCAAUAUUACUGACUCUGGAAAAGUUGAUAGAUAACGACGAGGCCCAGAUCAAUGGCUUUGUGGUAAUUGUGGACUGGAGUCAAUUUACAUUCAAACAGUCGACAUGGCUCAGCCCAAAGGUUCUUAAGUUGAUGAUCGAAGGAUUACAGGACUGUUUUCCUGCACGAUUUGGAGCGAUACACUUUGUCAAUCAGCCGUGGUACAUUGAGGCAAUGUUCAAGAUGCUCAAACCUUUCCUGAAGGAGAAAAGCAAAGACAAGAUCCAUAUGCAUGGUAUAAACCUGGGAACACUUCACGUUCAUAUCCACAAGGAGGUCCUGCCUGCAGAGCUUGGAGGCACACUUCCCCCGUACAACAACCUGCUCUGGGCCAAAGAGCUGAUCGGCGACGAAAGCUUUAGCUUUGGUGAUAAACAGAUUUACUGGCCAGGCCAUGGUUCAAAGUCUCGAGCCGUGCGGUCUGAAUCCUUCCCUAUUGACCACUUCUCCAGCCAUGCUGACCAUGGGUCAGGAGAUGAUACAGGCACACACCUGGAUGAAGAGUUCUUCCUUAUAGAAUAGUCAACAAUGUGUAAGGCCAAACAAAUUACACAAGCGUUUCCUGCUAGCCCGGUCAUCGUAUUUAACCCUUUCACCCCUUUGUAACUUUAGUAGACUCUACCAUGCAUUGAUAUGGAUGAGUCCAUUAU